AUGCAGGCUUGGCAAGCCCCGCCCCAACAGCCCGGCAACUUCAACGGCCCUCCUCCGCCGCAGAUGCAGAUGAGCGAGGAAGGCCACCUCGGACCGAACGGCUUCCCGCCGGGCGGCUUCCCUCCUGGACCCGGCUCGACGACAUCAACACGCGUCAGCGCCGCCCCGCCCCCCCUGAUGGACCAGUCGCACCUGCGACCAGGCAACUCAGCCUCGCUACUGAGCCACAACCAGACCAUCGAGCUGUACCGCGAGAAUGCAAAGAAGACCAACGAUCCCGAGCUCAUCUUUGAGUUUGCCGUGUUCAUGAUCGACGCCGCCAAGCAGAUGGUGCCCCCUCCGAACCCGGACGACCCGGCGGACCCUGUGAACCGGCCGCCCGCGGCCGCCGUCGACAAGCGCGACGAGCUCGUAAAGGAGGCAACGGCGCUGCUGAAGCGCCUCGCGGACCGUGGAUACCCAGACGCACAGUACUUCCUCGCCGACUGCUUCGCCAACGGCAUCGGCACCACGCGCGGCAAACAGGACUUCGAUAAGGCGUUCCCCCUGUUUGCGCUCGCUGCGAAGCACGGCCACCCCGACGCAUGCUACCGCGCAGGCACCUGCUGCGAGCACGGUUGGGGUACGCGGCGUGAGAGUGCCAAGGCGAUCCAGUACUACAAGAAAGCUGCAGUCGGUCUCCACCCUGGCGCGAUGUACCGCCUGGGCACUGCCGAGUUGAACGGAUCUCUCGGCCUGUCCAAGCGGCCCAAGGAGGGAGUCAAGUGGCUGAAGCGAUCGGCGGAGCACGCGACAGAAGAGUUCCCGCACGCAUUGCACGAGCUGGCGCUCCUGCACGAGCGCGGCAUUGACAAUAUUCUCUUCGUCGACCUCGACUACGCCGCCGAGCUGCUCGCCCAGGCGUCCGAGCUCAACUACGCCCCGAGUGCGUUCAAGCUCGGCGAGUGCUACGAGUACGGCAAGAUGGGCUGUCCCCUCGACCCGGCGCUGAGCAUCCAUUACUAUAACAUUGCGGCGCAGCAGAACCACCCGCAAGCGUGCUUUGCACUCACGGCGUGGUACCUCGUUGGCGCGGACGGCGUGCUCCCCCAAUCCGACACUGAGGCGUACCUAUGGGCGAAGAAGGCGGCCGACCAGGGCCUCGCCAAGGCGCAGUAUGCCCUGGGAUACUUUACGGAGACCGGCGUCGGCGUCGAGGCCAACAUGGGCCAGGCGAUGAAGUGGUACCGCCUAGCCUCCGAGGGCGGGGACAAGCGCGCGGCCCGCCGACUCGCAGGCGGCAUGAACGGAAACGCGGCACUGAACCGCCGCGUGGAGAUGGAGGCUCUUAAGGAGGGCAAGGCGGCGGGCAAGGGGGGUGACAAGGACGGCUGCGUGGUUAUGUGA